AGGAGGUGAGGGGAGCUCGCAGAUAGUUUCUCUGAAACUGGAGACGCAAAAUGCUGCGGAUCAUAAUUUUCCUGCAUUGUAAAGUGUUUCUUCCACCUGUUGACCAUCUGUGACCUUCAGACCAAUGGCCAGUUUGGACUACCAGCUCCUCUUGUCAUUUUACAUACUUACCUUUUUGAUCGGCCUCCCAGCCAACAUCCUAGCCUUCAUCACCUUCUGUCGGAAAGUUCACCGCAAGCCCACCCCCAUCGACAUCCUCCUGCUUAACCUGACAAUAUCCGACCUCAUCUUCCUCGCAGUCCUGCCCUUCAAGAUGAAGGAGGCCGUUGACCAAAUGAUAUGGAGACUUCCCUUUUACCUGUGCUCCAUCAGCAGUUUUCUGUUCUUCUCCACCAUUUACACCAGCACCUUAUUUCUGACCGCAAUUAGCAUAGAGCGCUAUCUAGGUGUCGCAUUUCCAAUCCGAUAUGCUUUAGGCCGCCGACCUCGCAACGCUGUGAUCGCCAGCUGCUUCCUCUGGCUUCUAGGAUGUCUAAACCUCAGCAUUGUCUACAUCGUCCCGUACAUACACUCGAGCGAUAACUCCACCUACAGCAAACUACAGCUCAAUCCCCAUGUGAGAAACUGCUAUGAUAACUUCACUUUGGAUCAGAUGACCAUUCUGCUUCCUGUUCGCCUGGAGCUUUUCCUCCUGCUUUUCUGUAUACCCCUCCUCAUCUGCUGUUUCUGCUACAUCAACUUCAUCCGAAUCCUCUCCAACCUGCCUCAUCUCGGACGGCGUCGCAGACUCAGAGCCAUUGGGUUGGCGGUUGGGACGCUCUUGGUUUUCACCAUCUGUUUCAGCCCUUAUAACAUCUCGCACGUGGUUGGUUUCAUCCAUCAGAAUAGCGAAGGUUGGCGACACUUUGCUCUGCUAUUCAGCACUCUGAAUGCCUGUUUGGACCCCAUCAUUUUUUACUUUUCCUCGGCUGCGGUUCGCAGUGCCAUCAAAGCAUGUGUCAAUGGUCUCAAAGAGAAGAUGCACAUUGUUAGAUGCAGAACAUGCUGUCCUGCUGACACUUCCAAAACUGAGGCUUACAAGGAGACUAAUCCACCGGUUGACCUGGGGUGA